AGGCGCCGCGGGGCCCUGGACGCGCCCUGCUGGGACGGGACGGCCCUGCGGUUUCCUCGCUACGGCUUGACUCACCCUCUGGACGCAGCCCAGGCUGGCGGGAUCGCCCCGAGGCGGUGGCUGCCCGGAUUCUGCGGCCGGGCCGCCCCCUGUUCCGAGUCUCCCGCCAGUCUUUGGGUGUCGGUCGGUGGGGGCUCGGUGCGCGGGCCUGCCUGUGUGCACACGUGUGCCGGGGCCCGAGCGAGGGGAGAACGCAGUUCUGGAGGGCGUGUGUGCAGAUGUGGGCCACGCACAUACUUGCAGGCACGGGUUUGCAUGCGUGGCGGCGGCAUGGACAUCAGCCUGCUGGGGUGCACGUGCGCCGUAAUGCCGCCGGGCAGGGCGUGGGGACACCCGGAAGCCCCAAAGCCAGGUCGGCUCAGGGCCCCAGCCACCAGAAUUAUAGGCGGGGCGGGUAGAGGAAAGCGGGUGGAGGCCAAUCCCGUGACCCUUUUCUCUGCACUGUAGCCUGGGCUGUCCAGUUUAGGUUCUAGCGAUAGCAGGGCCCAGAACCUCAGCUCCGGGAGGUGUGAGAACACGGGGAGGGGGUCGAUUCAGUCCUCUGAGAGGCUAGACGCAGGCCACAGCUGGACAGGAUCACUCUGUUCUUCCUGGUCUUUCCCAACGUCCAUCCGGAGACCCCCUAGAGGUAGAAGAGGGAAUUGGACCACAAGCUGUUUGCCUCCCCUGCUGCUUAGGGUGGGGAUGACACCGCUCUGUUGGGCUCUUAUGGACCCUGCCCUGGGCCCUGGCUGAGCUUGGUCUUCCCAGCCCAACUCCAGCCUUAGCCAGCAGACAGCAGGGUGGCCCAAAGGAUGAUGUGACCCUGCUCCCUGGAGUCCCACCCUCCUCCAAGCAGUUGCUUGCCUCUUCAGUAUAUGUGUCAGGGAAAGAGACACCUACAUUUGGCUACUGUCUUGACUGGGGAGGAGCCUCACUUAAGGGAGUGUAUACUGUGCUCUCCAUCUCCUAUUGUCAGGAGGUAAGGUCACCCCCUUACCCUUCAUAGUCCUCUGAUGGCUCCCUGGAACACCCAUCUCUCUCCUAAAGACUCCUGAGGGUCCCAAGUGGCCUCUCCUGGCUGGGUCCCCAGGGUAUCUCAGGAAGUCUCUAGGGCAAAGGGCACACAGCGGGCAGAGCCCAGGAGAGGAGGAUUCCUAGUACUGGAGGUGCGUAUUGGGAGGUCCCAAGGAGCAUGUGGGGGAGGUGAGACCAGAGCCAGCACUUAAUUACUCCAGAGCUCCCCGGGGCAGAGGGUGGGGCUCAGCACCCCACAACCAUACAAUCCCUUCUUGCAAAGCUGCAUCUCCCUAGGAUGCAGGUCCUUGUUACAGAACACUGCUGUCGGGACUGUGGUCCUGAUGCCCCUUCCUGCUUUCUCUGGGGCAUCCCCUCUCUAGGCUGGCCAGGAGGUGGGCCAGCUGUCUGAGAGUCCCACCUGGUUUCCUUGUUGCCAUUAGGCUGCGAUGGGAAUGGGCAUUGGCCCCCAUACCUAACCUUUGGCUUUUCCUGUCUCCAAAUGUGCUGGCCUAACUCUAAGCCUAUGGCUAUCAUUGGCCACCAGCCAGAGGGGAGGAGAGGGCUGGAAGAAGGGGCUGGUCUUGGCUUGUUGGUGAUAGAAACCUGUGACACCUGGCCCAUGGCCUAAUCAUAGCAAGAUUGAGCUGAUUCAUCCUUUUAAAGCCACCUGAGGGUUUCAGGAAACAGGGUGUUGGGGGAGGUAGAGGCAAGUCAAUGUGGCCCAACAGACUGGCCUCAUGACCCCUCAUGGAUCAUUCCAUGGUACCUUCUGCCUUGAGGAAACCCACACUUGACCUCUCUGAGCCUGGGUCCCAAUCCUGGCUUGACUUUGCUUCAAGGCCUUAGUGUUUUUCUGGCACUCAGCUUUAACAUCAGUACAAUGGGGAUAGGUGCCAACUACCACUCUGUGGGCUCUGGAGGCCCCCUCCUGGGACAUUCACAUCCUCCUACCUCCCCACCUGCUUGUCCUGGCAUUGUGCUGCCCCUGUGUGCCCUGGAACAGCCAACUGCAGCUUAGGGACUGAGAUCAACACAGGCUCUCCCCUACAAUUUUGGGACCUUCCAGCUGGUGCUACAGCACCAUCUACAGGGCAGCCUUGGCUCUCCUGCUGGGGGCGGGGCUAGAGUGAGAGGGGCAGGGCUUGUACCAAGUGAUGCAUCUGGCCACCUCUCCUGAGGGUCACCUCCACCAUCUGGUACCAAACACAGUAUCUGUGUUCCUCUGGGCCUAGAGACCUGGGUUCCAGGCCUGGCUUUUGCCAUUUUUGAUAAGACUGGCAGAUGAGACCUUGUGUGGAACAUAAGUGACUCCAUCUUAAAGCUAAUCUGCCAUCUUGACAUCUGGGUGAACCCGGACCCUUGACCCCCUCCCUUUCCCCCAAGUGAGCUCUGGAAUAUGUACACAGAGCUCUGGUCUGAUUACAGGAUUUCCAUUAGUUCUCUUUGGGGCAAGUCGCCCUUGAUGUUAUCUAUCUCUUAACUUGCUCUGAUACCAGAGCCUCCCAACACCUAAUCCCUUUGAUCACCCACAUUCUCACUGCUUAGGAGAUACAAGCAUGUGGUCUCGGAGGUGGAGGGUACCGGGAUCCAUUUUGUCCUGCUGCCGCCCAGGACUGCGUUUCUGUCCAUAAGUUCCCUAUUAAACUCAUUAAUUGACAAGCUGGACUUGUCUGCCUCGUUCUUUGGUCUUGGCUCCCUUGGCAUUUGAAGGCCACUUUGCAUAUAUAUGGCCCUCUUUGGAAACAGAUCUAUAGUGUCACAGGAAAUCUGAAUUUGUAGACAAUGCCCGAUUCCACAUUUUGGCUGCAGUGGGCAUCCUGAGAUCACUAUGGCAUCUUGGAAUAAGAGCUUGUCAUGGGAGGUGGGAAGCCUGGCUCUCGUCCCAUCUCUUUCAUCAGUUACUUUGGGUUGAAUGGGUCUCCAUCUGUAUAUGGAGAAGGGGAGUAGCCAACGAAAUGAUCUUCAGAUUAUGCCCUACAAAGUCUGAAGCCCAAGGACGGGUCUUGGGUGUCAUGUGGAGGAAAGCAGAACAGAGGGGCUCCUGAAUGGAGAUGGGAGAGUAUGUGUAGCGCAGCUGCAUAAGAAUUCGUUAACAAAGGGUCCAAAAAUAAAGUUGGGAACCUCUGCAUUAUAUGGCUCAUGCAUGCAUUCAUUCAUAGUCUUUAUUGAGCAGUACUAAGUGCCAAGUUCAUAAGGGUGGCAAUAAGCCAGAGAAAGCAGCAGCCCUCUAUUGCUUUCCUGUGGUCUGUUUUUCUCACAGCUCAUGCCUCUCUCCCUGACAGCCCAUGCCUCCCUCUCUCUCCCAGGUCAGCAGCUGAGUAGCUGGGGCCCCGGAGGGCUUGAAGCCUUCACAGUGAUGUCGGAGAAGCGGCCACUGGGCACCCUGGGGCCUGUGAUGUACGGCAAGCUGCCCCGCCUAGAGGCCGACUCUGGGCCCGGGCACAACUUGCCCCCUUCUGCUGGUAACCAGGACCCCUGCAGCUACAAGGGUGCUUACUUCUCCUGCCCCAUGGGGAGUGCUCCCAAAGCAGGGUCUGAGCGGUUGGCAUCCUGGACCCCGUACCCACCCUUGUAUCCUACCAGUGUGGCAGGACCCCCACUUCGGGCAGACAACCUGUUGACCGGCUGCCUGCUCUACCGUCCACCAGUAGAGAGCUCUGAGAAGGUGCGGGACCCUGGCCCUGUCGAGUUUCUGCCCCUCAGUCCCCAGGCUCAUUCCUACUCAGGCCCACCGCUGGCAGCACCCAAGCCUGUCUAUCGCAGCCCUCUGUGUUACGGGGUCUCAACUUGCCUGGGGGAAGCGUCAGCGAAGAGGUCACUGGAUGUUGAUUGGACACUGGUAACUGGGCCUUUAAUACCCCCAGCCGACCCACCUUGUUCUCUGACCCUGGCUUCUGGCAAGGGCCAGUCCCUGGAUGGCACCUUCUUGCGUGGGGUGCCACCUGGGGGAUCUGGCAGAGACUCCUCAAGGAGCUUCUCCCCAUGCCAGGCAUUCCUGGACAAGUAUCGGACCAUCCACAGCACGGGCUUCCUGGCCUCCAAGUACACAGGUCCUUACUGUGGGGACCCCAAGCAGGCAUUGUCCGAGGGACCCCCCAGUCCUUGGACCCAGCUGGCUCAACCCCUGGGGCCAGCCUACCAGGAUACAGUACCCUCUCACUACCCACUGCCCCACCCUCCGCAGGCCCUGUCUUGCCCUCCAGCCUGUCGCCACCCAGAGAAGCAGAGCAACUACAGUUCAGUUCCCCCGCUGCAGCCUCUGGGAGCCCAUAAGGGGGCUGGGUACCCAGCUGGUGGGCUGAACAGCCCCUAUCUGAGGCAGCAGGCAGCCCAGACACCCUGUAUGCCCCCAGUGGGGCUGGACACUUAUUCCUACCCCCCUGUCCCCCUCCCAGCACCCUCACCAAGCCUCAAGCUGGAGCCACCUAUCACUCCACGUUGCCCACUGGACUUUGCCCCCCAGACGCUGGGCUUUCCUUAUGCCCGGGAUGAUCUCUCUCUCUGUGGAGCUUCCCCGGGGCUCGGAGGGACACCACCUUCCCAGAACAGUGUGCAGGUUUUGCCACAGCCUGGCUCCUUCCAACGGGCGAGCCAGCCUGUGUCUGCCAGUCAGCCAUACCCAGAGCCUGUGAGGCCUGCAGAGAAGCUGGUGCGGGAAGCCCAGGACAUGGUGUGGCUGCCCAGCUGCAGGAAAGAGAAACUCCAGCACCAGCUCAGUGAGCACCCCGGGGCACCCAUUGUCAUCGCAGACAGUCCAGCUCCCCAAACCCCCCCAGCACUCCCACCCUGCGCGCAGGAGCGCCAGGCUCUUCCACGGAAUGAGGGUGCGCGGAAUGAGGGUGCGCUGCCGUCCGGCUCUCCGCCCAUGCCCAUUAUCGACAAUGUCUUUAGCCUGGCCCCCUACCGUGACUAUCUGGAUGGGCAGGCGCAAGAGGCCACUGCUGAGCCUGAGCCUGCCCCAGCCCCAGCCCCCAAGGACAGCCACGACAAAGACUCCAGGGGAACCCCGCCUGCCCUGGAGGCCCCUUCGAGGGUGCAUUGCUCACUUAGGGAGGAGGUGGCACUGGACUUGAGUGUGAAGAAGUCUGUGGCCGAGGCUCCUCCUACCAAGGUCCCUAGUCCUGCAGUGCACGCCAAGCCCCCUGCAGCCAUGGAUGUGCCAGCCAUGGGGAGCACAGUCUCUGAGGUGCCAGUGACUACAGAGACCACUCCAAAGACCAACUUCCACAGCUCCGUGGCCUUCAUGUUCCGAAAGUUCAAGAUCCUCCGGCCUGCACCCCUGCCUGCAGCUGUGGUCCCAUCUGUGCCCCCCUCGGCCCCUGCCUCUGCCCAGCCUGCACCCACCCCUACAUCUGUGCCCCUCGGACUACAGCUUCUCACCCAGCCCUUGCCCAUGGCCUGCUUUGACCUGGCGCUGCCCAGUCCUCCAGCCGUGGCUGUGGCAGCCACAGCCCUGACUCCUGCCCCAUCGCCUUCUCCAGCCCAGGCUCCAACCCCAGCUUCUGCCCCCACCACAGCAGACUCCCCAGAGCAGCGCUUUGCAGGACUGCAUGAGUCCCUGUGUGACGCCAUCUCGGGGUCAGUGGCCCACUCCCCGCCUGAGAAGCUACGUGAAUGGCUUGAGAUGGCUGGGCCUUGGGGCCGGGCAGCGUGGCAGGACUGCCAGGGUGUGCAGGGGCUGCUGGGCAAGCUGCUGUCCCAGCUGCAGCGCUUCGUGUGCACACAGCAGUGCCCCUUCCCCCACGUGGUGCGGGCUGGCGCCAUCUUUGUCCCCAUCCACCUGGUGAAGGAGCGGCUCUUCCCCAGGCUGCCCCCCUCGUCUGUGGACCUGGUGCUGCAAGAGCACCGCGUGGAGCUCCGGCCUACCACACUGUCUGAGGAGCGGGCGCUGCGGGAACGGGCGUUGCGAGGCUGUACCUCGCGCAUGCUGAAGCUGCUGGCAUUGCGCCAGCUGCCUGACAUCUACCCUGACCUGCUGGGCCUGCAGUGGCGGGACUGUGUGCGCCGCCAGCUGGGUGACUUUGACACUGAGGCUGGAUCUGUGCCCUCAGAACCCACCAUGGCCAGAGGUGAGCCAGAGAGUCUAUCCAUGGCCCAGAAGUCUUCUGUCCCCAAAGCCAAGAAGCCCGGGAGGAAGCCACCAACCCCUCGCCCGGAGAAAGAGGCAGCUGCUGGGAGAGGGUCCCACAGUGCCUCACCAAUUCCUGCUACCAGCACCAGCCCUCCCAGCUCCCCAUUGAGGGCCCGCUUCCGCAGCCUGCUGGAAACCGCCUGGCUCAAUGGCCUGGCACUGCCCACUUGGGGCCACAAGGCCUCAGGACCAGCUCGGCCCGUGCCCCGCCCACAGCUGUUGGGCAGCCAGAGCCAUCACCUAUAGCGCAGGUGGCUGGUGCUGUUUGGGGGUCACUUUCUGUACCCCUUCCCUCCCACCUGCCCAGGGAGUGAACAAGCCCUUGGAGUGCCUUCGGCCCUCACUCUGCCCUCCCCCCACACACACCCCCCUCUCCACUGCCACUGGGCUGACAGCCCCUGAGCUUUUAACUCGAGGCUUGCUCUUAGAAAGGACUACUUCCUGUUUCUUCUUGGAGAAGACGGGGGAUUUGGAGCCCAACCGACUUGGGCUUGGAUCCUGGUUCCUGUGUUUCUUGCUGUGUAACCUGGCAAGUCACUUUCUCUCUUGAGCCCUCAGCUCCCCAUUUCUAAAACAGGACAAAACAGCCUACCUCACAGGGUUGUUGUGGGGGUGAUGCCUGACACACACCCAUAUGGUUUUCUCUCCCUUCUCCAGAAAGUCCCAUUGUCAUGCGAGUUGGUUAUCUUGGAGUGGUACAAUGAACAGUGUAUAUGACGCCCACACUUUCUAGUCAUCCCCAGGAAAGUCUGGGGCUACCGCCAAAACGUUUGGGCCUGUAGCUCCUUGAGGGAGCCUGCCCCUCCCCUCCCCUACUACAGGGAUGUGGGGAUACAGCCUGGGGCUGGCGUCUUUUUUCUGGGCUUACUGCUCUCAGGAAGUCCCAGGCCUGUCCUGAAUUGACACUAGCGACUUCCCUGAGCUGCCAACCCCACCUGGUGCAUUAUCCUGAGAAAGUUGUGUGUUUGCUGGAAGCCAGGUAGCUGCAGGGACUAGAAGGGACAGGCUGAGUGACAGCUCAGCUCUGAGAGGUCUGAAGAUGGGGACUGAGAAUGUUGGAGCUCCCAAGCUGGAGCAUAGUCAGCCUGCUACAGGUCACCUCCUCGUAGUGCUAAACCGAGCCCACAGCUGGGCUUUUGGCCUCAUUAAGGUUUGUAAGAAGGGUGUGGGCCCUGGAGACGGGCCUUUAAACAUUAAAGCAUUUGGGUUGUUUUUGGACCUGC